GCAAGGAAGGGAGUGUGUUGCAGUCAUGUCUGGUCGCGGAAAAGGAGGCAAAGGCCUGGGGAAAGGAGGCGCCAAGAGGCACCGGAAAGUCCUUCGCGAUAACAUCCAGGGCAUCACCAAGCCUGCGAUCCGCCGUCUGGCUCGUCGCGGAGGCGUGAAGCGCAUUUCGGGCCUGAUCUACGAGGAAACUCGCGGCGUGCUGAAGGUCUUCCUGGAGAACGUGAUUCGCGAUGCCGUCACCUACACCGAGCACGCCAAGAGGAAGACGGUCACCGCCAUGGACGUGGUCUACGCCUUGAAGCGCCAGGGCCGCACUCUCUACGGCUUCGGCGGCUAAGUUUCUUUUCUUUCUAGUAAUAUAACAAAAGGUCCUUUUAAGGGCCACCCACGUUUUCAAGAGAGGGCUUGUUCCACUUUGUGUUAAAACUGCUUUUUGCAAAAGGUUUUCUGUGUUCGAGGUGUGUGUGUGUGUGUGUGGAGUUUGUGUGAUGGCUUCCUUUUUAGGAAAAAAGCGAAAAACAUUCCAGGCAGCAGAGUGGCGCAGCGGAAGCGUGCUGGGCCCAUAACCCAGAGGUCGAUGGAUCGAAACCAUCCUCUGCUAAUAAAGUAGUCUUUUUGUCUUUAUCUAUGCCAGAGAUAACAAUUUAACCUACAAUCACCAUCCAAUGCAAUACUCUUUCAUGCACUUUAAUUUUUCUAUUUAGGAGAAGGAGAGAAUGACAAAGAUUCGUGAAGGAUGGUUCUGAUCAAAAGAUGAUUGGGUGACGGGUGUAGCGUGCUGCUCUUUAGAAAAUAAAUUUCAUGCAUGCAAAAUAUGUGACUGGAAAGUAAUAUGUGAAUACGCUUAGAGUCUGCAGUUUGACCGCUUUUCCUGUUCUGUGCACACUGAGCUAAUGGAAAUUAAUCUUAAAUGAAAAUAGUAUUGUGGUCUCCUUUGUUUAGUAGUUGAUUAGAAAUUUCCUCUGGGAAAAAAACCCUAAGAUUUGCAUGAAAACAUGUAAAGAAAACUUAAAAUUUCAGCCCAUUUUAUUGCUGCUUUGAAAUGGCCAAUGCAUUAGCAGUAAUUUUAUUAUUAACUCCCUGGGUUAUGCUUAACGGCUUCGUUUUGGAGCUGUCCUUUAGACCUUCCUGAGUUUGGAUUUUUAAAAUUAAAAUUAUUAAAACAAGCCAUUUCCUUGAUCAUAGAAACUACAGCAGUACAUGGGCAAGGUAACAAUCUUUUGGCAUUCAGCUGAUUAAAAAUUAGCACAGGACUUCAAACCCUUUAAAAAUGGUACUGGUUUGUAACAGGAGAAUCUGUAAAGAUACUGGGGUUGACCCAUGAAUGGAACUUUUAAUGCCUUUUAAAAACAUUGCAUUAAUUACAUGUUGGCUUGAACAAUGGGUUAAAAAUUAAGGAACAGUUGCUGGAAUUGGGUAUGUCUAGUUUAAUG